AUGCGCAAGGUUCUGAUUCCUCUAGACGACACGUCAGCGAGCCACGAGGUGCUGACGUGGGCGCUGGAUCGGUUUCUGGAGCCGACGCGAGACUACGUGUUCCUGCUGCACGUGCUCUCGCCUUUCAUGCCCGGGGUUGGCGGCCCCGCGUCCGUAUCCGGCGGCGCGAUUUCGCCAUUCCCCUCCAUGAUUACUCUACCAGGCCUGCAUGUUAGCGGUGAUGACUUGGCACAUGCGGCAGCAGCACGGAAAGAGGAAGCACACGUGAAGCUGCAGGGAGUGGCCAGGGAGCUGGCAGAGCGCGGACUUGCGUGUGAAGGCCACGUAGAACUUGGGGAUGCCCGCCACGUCAUCUGCCACGUGGCAGAGCACUUCCACGUAGAUGCUGUGGUGAUGGGCAGCAGGGCUAGAGGAGCCAUGAAGAGGAUGAUGCUUGGCAGUGUGAGCGACUACUGUGCACAUCAUUCCCCAGCGCCAGUUCUUGUGGAUGCACUAGAGGCUGUUGGUGCUUAG